AUGACCAGGUCUCAUGUUUGGUGGCCCGAAAUCGACGCGGAUAUAGAACGGGCCAAUAGGGCAUGCGAAUGGUGCCAGGAAGAGGGACCCAAUCCUCCGAGAGUGAAAUUACAUGGUUGGAAGCGGCCGGAAGGACCUAACGAUCGUAUUUAUGCAGACUUUUUAGGACCAGUUAAUGGCUCUAUGUUCAUGAUCAUCGUUGAUGCAUUUUCCAAGUUGGUUGACGUGAGGAAGUUGAAGGACAUUACUUCAAACGCAGCCAUCGAGUUUCUUAAAGAUUAUAUGGUCACUUGGAGAUUGCCCCUCAAACUUGUGACCGACAAUGAACCAGCGUACGCGUCAAGAGAAUUCGCUAACUUCACUGUUAAAUAUGGCAUCUAA